GCGGGCUCCGCUGCUGCUGCUGCUGCUGCUGCUCGGGGCCGGCUGGGAGGGGGCCGGUCGCCGCCUCGCCCCCCCCCGCCCGCCCGCGCUCCGUCCGCAGCCGCAGCAGCCAUCUUCGCGCCGAGCAGCCUCGCCCACCGCAGCGCAACGUGCGCCCAGGCGGGGACAGCAGCGGCGGCGGUGGCGGCGGCAGGAUGCGGGGCGCGGAGGAGCCGCCGGUCGCGGCGGACAUGUCCGAUGAAGAGGGCGGGGUGCUCGAAGUCCUGGAGGAGUUCUACCCCGAGGAGCCGGUGAACACGCCCAAGAAGAAGAAGCCCAAGAAGCCGAAGGAGAACCAGGCUGCCAAAGUCAAGCGGAAGAAGAAGGAGGAGACCCACGAUGAUGAGAUCUCCGAGAACGAGGAGGAGCCGGGCGAAAGAUCGGAGAGUGAGGGGAGUGACUAUUCCCCCAACAAGAAGAAGAAGAAGAAGCUGAAGGAGAAGAAGGAGAAGAAAGCCAGGCGGAAAAAGAAGGAGGAAGAGGAGGAGGAGGAGACCGAGGACGGAGGCUUAAAGGAGCCAAAGUCCUCGGCUCAGCUGAUGGAGGAGUGGGGCUUAGACGACGUGGAUUACGCUUUUUCGGAAGAAGACUAUCACAUGUUGACAAACUACAAGGCCUUCAGUCAGUUUCUCAGGCCUCUGGUUGCCAAGAGGAACCCCAAGAUCCCCAUGUCCAAGAUGAUGACCGUCCUGGGAGCCAAGUGGCGAGAAUUCAGUGCCAACAACCCCUUCAAAGGCAGCUCGGCAGCUGCGGCUGCUGCCGCUGUGGCCGCCGCCGUUGAAACCGUCGCCAUCGCCCCGCCGCUGCCGCCACCGCCACUACCACCACUACCCUCCGCCAGCCCACCACAACCCCUCCUGCCGCCACCACCGCCUGUGAUCAGGAAGGCCAAAACCAAAGAGGGCAAAGGUCCCGGCGUACGGAAGAAGAUCAAGAGCGCCAAAGAUGGCAAGAAGAAAGGGAAGGGCAAGAAGGUGGGAGGGGGCCUGAAAUUCCGCUUCGGGGGAAUCGCCAACAAAAGGAAAAAGGGCUCUUCGAGUGAGGAAGAGGAACGGGAGGAGUCGGACCUGGAGAGCGCCAGCAUCCACAGCUCCUCCGUGCGCUCCGAGUCCUCUGCCGGCCUGGGCAAGAAGGGCAAGAGGCGGAAGAAGAAAAAGAGGAUCGAGGAAGGCGACGGCUACGAGACGGACCACCAGGAUUACUGCGAGGUCUGCCAGCAGGGUGGGGAGAUCAUCCUCUGUGACACGUGUCCCCGGGCCUACCACCUCGUCUGCCUGGACCCAGAGCUGGAGAAGGCCCCGGAGGGGAAGUGGAGCUGUCCACACUGCGAGAAGGAGGGCAUCCAGUGGGAGCCGAAGGAGGAGGAGGAGGAGGAGGAAGAGCUCGGCGAGGAGGAGGACGACCACAUGGAGUUCUGCCGGCUCUGCAAGGAUGGAGGGGAGCUCCUCUGCUGCGACACCUGCCCGUCCUCCUACCACCUGCACUGCCUGAACCCGCCUCUUCCAGACAUUCCCAAUGGUGAAUGGCUCUGCCCUCGCUGUACCUGCCCGCCCUUAAAAGGCAAGGUCCAGCGCAUUCUCCACUGGCUGUGGAAGGAGCCUCCCCCGCCCUUUGUGUCUGCCUUGCCCCCAGCGGAUCUGGAGCUGAUGCUGAUGCCCCCGCCAAAGCCUCUGGAAGGCAUCCCUGAGCGGGAAUUCUUCGUGAAAUGGGCCGGGCUGUCCUACUGGCACUGUUCUUGGGUCAAGGAGCUGCAGCUGGAGCUCUACCACACUGUCAUGUACCGCAACUACCAAAGAAAGAAUGACAUGGACGACCCGCCAGCCUUCGACUAUGGAUCUGGAGACGAGGACAGCAAGAGCGAGAAGAGGAAGAGCAAAGACCCCGAUUUUGCCAAGAUGGAGGAGAAGUAUUACCGCUACGGCAUCAAGCCAGAGUGGAUGAUGAUCCACCGGAUUCUCAACCACAGCUUUGACAAGAAGGGCGACGUCCACUACCUGAUCAAGUGGAAGGACCUGCCGUACGACCAGUGCACCUGGGAGAUUGAUGAGAUCGUCAUCCCUUACUAUGAAAACUUCAAACAGCUCUACUGGAAUCACAGGGAGUUGAUGCUGGGAGAAGAGAACAGCCAGCAUUUCAAAAGGCUGAGCAAGAAAGGGAAGAAGCUGAAUGAUGAAAAAUUGGAAAGACCACCAGAAACACCCAUUGUGGAUCCUACGGUGAAAUUUGACAAGCAGCCGUGGUAUAUUGACACAGCAGGUGGGACGCUGCAUCCUUACCAGCUGGAGGGGCUGAACUGGCUGCGCUUUUCCUGGGCGCAGGGGACGGACACGAUCCUCGCUGAUGAGAUGGGUCUCGGCAAGACAGUCCAGACUAUUGUAUACCUUUACUCUCUUUACAAGGAGGGCCACUCCAAAGGUCCGUACCUGGUCAGCGCUCCCCUCUCCACCAUCAUCAACUGGGAGCGGGAGUUUGAGAUGUGGGCACCGGACUUUUAUGUGGUCACCUACACCGGGGACAAAGAGAGCCGGUCGGUGAUCCGCGAAAACGAAUUCUCCUUUGAGGACAACGCCAUCCGGAGCGGGAAGAAGGUUUUCCGGAUGAAAAAAGAAGCUCAGAUCAAGUUCCACGUCUUGCUCACCUCCUACGAGCUCAUCACCAUUGACCAGGUCAUCUUGGGGUCGAUCGAGUGGGCAUGUCUAGUGGUGGAUGAAGCCCAUCGGCUGAAAAACAACCAGUCCAAAUUCUUUAGGGUGCUCAACAGCUACAAAAUCGACUAUAAGCUGCUGCUGACGGGGACGCCCCUCCAGAACAACCUCGAGGAGCUCUUCCACCUGCUCAACUUCCUCACCCCGGAGAGGUUCAACAACCUGGAUGGCUUUCUGGAAGAGUUUGCGGACAUCUCCAAGGAGGACCAGAUCAAGAAACUGCACGAUCUUCUGGGGCCUCACAUGCUCCGGAGGCUGAAGGCCGACGUCUUCAAGAACAUGCCGGCCAAGACGGAGCUGAUUGUCCGGGUGGAGCUGAGUCAGAUGCAGAAAAAGUACUACAAGUUAAUCCUGACGAGGAACUUUGAGGCUCUGAAUUCUAAAGGGGGCGGGAACCAGGUGUCGCUGCUGAAUAUCAUGAUGGACCUGAAGAAGUGCUGUAACCACCCCUACCUUUUCCCCGUGGCUGCCGUGGAAGCCCCAGUAUUGCCAAACGGGUCCUACGAUGGCAGCUCGCUGGUGAAGUCCUCGGGGAAGCUGAUGCUGCUGCAGAAGAUGCUGAAGAAGUUGCGGGACGGCGGACACCGGGUGCUCAUCUUCUCUCAGAUGACCAAAAUGUUGGACUUGUUGGAGGACUUCUUGGAAUACGAGGGGUAUAAGUAUGAGCGCAUCGAUGGCGGCAUUACUGGUGGACUGCGGCAGGAGGCCAUUGACAGGUUUAACGCGCCUGGAGCUCAGCAGUUCUGCUUCCUGCUCUCCACCCGAGCCGGCGGUUUGGGCAUAAACCUUGCUACGGCCGACACGGUCAUAAUUUACGAUUCUGAUUGGAAUCCUCACAAUGACAUCCAGGCGUUCAGCAGAGCCCACCGGAUUGGCCAGAACAAGAAGGUGAUGAUCUACCGCUUCGUCACGAGGGCCUCCGUCGAGGAGCGCAUCACCCAGGUGGCCAAGCGGAAGAUGAUGCUGACCCACCUGGUGGUGCGGCCCGGCCUGGGCUCCAAGUCUGGAUCCAUGACCAAGCAGGAGCUGGACGACAUCCUGAAGUUUGGCACGGAGGAGCUGUUCAAGGACGACGUGGAAGCCAUGAUGUCGCAGGUGCAGCGGGUCAGCACGCCCGAGGCCAUGACGCCUUUCGCUGAGGCCCCGGCCUCCAAAGCGGGGGCGGCGGCGGCGGCUCCCAGCAUGAAGAAGAAGCACGGUGGACCCCCUCCAGGUGAGAACAAAGACGUGGAGGACAGCAGCGUGAUCCACUAUGACGACGCGGCCAUCUCCAAGCUCCUGGACCGAAACCAGGACGCCACCGACGACACAGAGCUGCAGAACAUGAACGAGUAUCUCAGCUCUUUUAAAGUGGCCCAGUAUGUUGUGAGAGAAGAGGACGGUGUGGAGGAGGUGGAGCGGGAGAUCAUCAAGCAGGAGGAGAACGUGGACCCCGACUACUGGGAGAAGCUGCUGAGGCACCACUACGAGCAGCAGCAGGAAGACCUGGCCCGCAACCUGGGGAAGGGGAAGCGCGUCCGCAAGCAGGUCAACUACAACGAUGCCUCGCAGGAGGACCAAGAGUGGCAUGACGAGCUGUCAGACAACCAGUCUGAGUACUCCAUUGGCUCCGAAGACGAGGACGAGGACUUCGAGGAGAGGCCCGAAGGUCAGAGUGGACGCAGGCAGUCUCGGAGGCAGCUGAAGAGUGACAGAGACAAGCCGCUCCCGCCAUUACUGGCAAGAGUUGGUGGAAACAUUGAGGUGCUGGGAUUCAACGCGCGACAACGGAAGGCCUUCCUGAACGCCAUCAUGCGCUGGGGGAUGCCCCCACAAGACGCCUUCAACUCACACUGGUUGGUGCGGGACCUCCGCGGGAAGAGUGAAAAGGAGUUCAGAGCUUAUGUGUCCCUGUUUAUGAGGCACCUGUGUGAGCCUGGGGCAGAUGGUGCCGAGACCUUUGCCGACGGCGUCCCCCGCGAGGGUCUCUCCCGCCAGCACGUGCUGACCCGCAUCGGAGUGAUGUCGCUAGUAAGGAAGAAGGUUCAGGAGUUUGAGCCCGUCAACGGGAAGUACAGCACCCCAGACCUAAUCCCAGAAGGAGUGGAUGGCAAGAAAUGCCGUGAGGUUCUCUCUUCGGACCCGAACACGCCUGUGCCAGCUAGCCCAGCUCAUGGGCAAGUGGUGCCCACAUCACAGCCGGACAAAGCAGAGGUGCAGCUUGGGACUCCAGAUGAGAAGGAGCAGGGGGACCAGAAGGCGAAAAAGUUGCGGGAGACCCAGGUGCCGGGAAAUGGCGAGAAAGCUGAGAAUGAGGACAAGGAGAAUGCCGAGAGCGAAGCCAAAGCUGGCGAGGAAAGUGUUGAGGAGUUCGAGAAGACAGAAUCACACUCCGAGCAGCUGGGUAACGAUGAAGCCUCCCAGGAGAAGUCAGAAUUAAAUGUGGAGAAGUCAGAAUUAAAUGUGAGUCCCAGUAAAGGAAGCAUCAAAGAACCCAAACCAGCAGAGGACACCAAGGCUGAAGAAAAGGAGCUCGCAGAGGCUCAGCAAAAUGGCGAGAAGGAGGAGGAAGAGGAGGGGAAGAAGGACGACAAGAGCGAGAUCCGGUUCAUGUUCAAUAUUGCGGACGGGGGCUUCACAGAGCUGCACACACUGUGGCAGAAUGAGGAGAGGGCAGCUGUCUCCUCGGGAAAGAUCUACGACAUCUGGCAUCGGAGACAUGAUUACUGGCUUCUGGUGGGAAUAGUCACUCACGGCUACGCCCGUUGGCAAGACAUCCAGAACGACCCCCAUUACCUCAUCCUCAACGAACCCUUCAAGUCGGAAAUCCACAAGGGCAACUACCUCGAGAUGAAGAACAAGUUCUUGGCACGGAGGUUCAAGCUGCUGGAGCAGGCCUUGGUGAUCGAGGAGCAGCUGAGGAGGGCCGCGUACCUCAACAUGACCCAAGACCCCAGCCAUCCGGCCAUGGCUCUGAACGCCCGGUUGGCCGAAGUGGAGUGCCUGGCCGAGAGCCACCAACACCUCUCCAAAGAAUCCCUCGCUGGAAACAAGCCCGCCAAUGCCGUCCUGCAUAAAGUCCUGAACCAACUGGAAGAGCUCCUGAGCGACAUGAAGGCGGACGUGACCCGCUUGCCCUCCAUGUUGUCCCGCAUCCCGCCCGUGGCCGCCCGCCUGCAGAUGUCUGAGCGCAGCAUCCUCAGCCGCCUGACAAACCGGGGCAGCGACCCCACCAUCCAGCAGACCUCCUUCGGCUCGUCUCCCAUGUACAGCAACAGCUUUGGGCCGAACUUCCGAGGGCCGGGACCAGGCGGGAUGGUCAACUACAGCCAGAUGCCCCUGGGGCCUUACGUGACGGCGACGCCCAACGGGCCACCCCUGAGCCACCCCGAUAAAAAGGUCCCCGAGACCCUGAGAGACGGAGCAGCCAUAGACUGCAUGGGCCACCAACAUGACAUCAUCUGCAUCGAAGACUAAGCUUUCCUCCCGGUGGCUCUGGCCUGGCCGGGCGCCUUUCCCAAAAGGACAGCACCCCCACGGCCAUUUCACAAACUUCUCUGAGAAGGGAUUUCACUUCCUUGUACCGUGUUUUUCUUUUGCACUUUCUUCUCGAAGACUUGAAGAGUUUCUUGGCUGGAUUACGAAAGGAUCUGUGAGUUUCCCGCCUGGUGGUUGUCCUCCGUGCUUACGGGGCAAGUAGGUGGCUGGAGUUUGGAAACGGGCGCCAUGUUGGUCUGGGGUUUGCUGGGGAUGUCACGGGCCAGGUGGGGCACGCACCUUGCUGAGGCCCAUUCUGCUGUGCUUGGAGGUGGGGUGUGCACUCUCUCCGGGCGCAGCUGACAAGCGGGCCAGGGUGGGGUUGCUGGGGAGGGGGCUUCUGAGCAGAGGUGGCUCCCAAACCGGACAGGUAUUCAAGACCCAGGGCUCCCUUUGGGACUGCAAAGGCCAGCGGCGUUUGGGAAGGAGCAUCCGUUUGAGCCAGGAGACGCCGGACAGAGAACGCACCAUCUUGCCAAAGGUGAGCACUUUAAACUCCCAUUGAUUUCCUCCUGGAAGGUUCACCGUCUCCUGAAAUGUUUCUCCCGUUGGGGGUCGAUGGAGCUUCAAGUGCUUAACGUUGUCAGGAUUGUGCAGAGAUUUUAACUGGGGGAGAUCCCUGGGCAUCCUGAUAGGUUGUCGUCAAGACCCCAGUUCGCAUCUCCGUGGCCCCCGGCGUGUGGACUAGCAGCGCUAAAACGAUUGCAUUUGGGAUGCCAGUGCAGGUCCAUUCACAUAUGCAAGGCAUCGCUUGAUGGGAAUGCUAUCAGGUGAUGAGCGUGUCUGAAGCAGGCUUAGGUGUGUGGCCAUCGUGUGCAGUGAAAUCCCUCAGGCCUGUGGAUUUUUCAGCACUGCUCACAUCCAAGCGAGAGCCUGUUUGUGGGGGGUGGUCGUGUGCGCGCGCCGGGGGGGUGUGAACACUCAGAAAGUGUGCAUAUAUGUGGAACCAUCAAGCCAGAGUUGUUUCUCUUACUCAGUCUUGGGUAACCUAUUUUGGACUAUAACUCCCAUCAUCUCCUGCUUUUUGCUGGUCUGUCUGGGGAUGAUGGGAGUUGUAGUCUGAAACCGCAAAUUAUCCAGGACUGCGUUUAUUUAAAGAAACUGGAGAGACAAAUCUGCCUUGGUCCGCAUGGAUGUGUACCCAUGUAACCGGUUCAAAGAACUGCUCUAAAUGCUGCCCUUUCACUGGGUUGUCGUCAUUAACUCACACAGGAGACGUAACUGCGCAAGCACUGCCAUUCUCUGGCUCCCCAAAGGUGAUUUUUGCCUGCAGACUAUGCCAUCUUGGGUGUAUGUUUGUGGUGGCGGUAGAAGUUGUGGGAGGGAGACAGGCACCGAUUGGCUAGUGCCUGGGGCAUCACCACUGGGUGUGUACCACAAGCAUUUUGAAUCCCCCUCCCCAGUUCUGUAAACGUGCUUCUGCUGUUUGUUUACCCCCUUCCUCACUCUCUCCCCACUGGGGGCUGUGCACUCGUCCCGUCUGUGCUCGAGUUCACACUCCCAGUUGUGUCUUUAUUAUUUUCACCAAGCCAAGGCCAUCCCCAUCAACCAAGGCUAGUCCCUCACUGCAAGUUAAUCCCUGUUCCUUCCCAUUAUGGGGGAACAGAUGUGAUCCUCUCCCCUGAGGUUAACACUCGUGUGGCAUUGAGAGGAAGGCAGUGUCCUCAUGGCCCAAGACUGCUGUCUGGAGGGGCCUCAAAGACCCUUCUGUGGGUCUACCACAGGAGCAUGCCGGGUGGGUCUUUCUGAUGCUGGAGAUCCGGAAGAGCCUAACCCUAACCCCACAAACGUCAACCCAUGCCAUUUCCUAGAGCUCAUUGUGGCAAGCCCUGUCCUGCUGUCUGGUUGCUCCGAGAGGAGAGCUGGUCUUGUGGAAGUGAGUAUGAAUGGCCCCUUUUUGCUAAGCAGGGUCUGCCCUGGUUUGCAUUGGGAUGGGAGAUGACAUGUGAGCACUGUAGGACACCCCCCUUUGGGGAGAGGGCUGUAGCUCCGUGGUAGAACAUCUGCUUGCAUGCAGAAGGUCCCAGGUCUGGACCCUGGUAUCUGGUAGGGCUGGAAGAGAAGGCAGCUUCCUAUGCUCCUGAGAGCAUGGUAUGUACUGGAGAGAGCUGAGGAAUUCAUGGAGGUUCUUCUAGGAGCAUGGAGAGCGCUGCCUGGAGCUGAUCUCCUUAAGUGCAAUGAUUGGUCCAAGGGGUUUUGUUGGGAUGAGCCAGAACAGGGCUCCCAUGGGAAAAGCCCCUUCUCCCCACUAUCGCAUUUCCCAUUAUACCCUUAACUCUGCCCACCUGACAGACCAUGGCUAGAAUGUAUGGCCGCUGUAAGCUCAACACCCUGCAUUAACCUGAAUCCAAGAGGGGGGAAAAAAGCAAAGGAAGAUCCAUUAAAUAAAAGAGGCCCUUGAGGACCAGUGUUCCCUCUAAGAGGGAUUCCCAGCUGUUGUUGACUACCAUAUUCCUCAAGCAAAGGCUAUGGCCACUGGGGAUGCUGGGAAUUGUAGUCAACAACAUCUGGGAUCUCCUCUCUUAAGAGGGGACACUGCUGUCACAGCUUAAUUCAAGGGCUGGCUUAAGCAGGCAGCAUUUUCUUUCCCAAUGAAACCACAUCCUGUUGGGCAACCAGUCUGAAGAAAUAAAAACAGCAAGGUUCACAUUCGGAGAGGUGAUUCUUGUGAGCUUUGUUUUUGUGCUGGCCUCACCCCCAGAUCUGCCAGUUCUGGCCCAGGCCCCCUCCCUGCCCCACAGCUCUGCCCAACUGGCCGCUGUUGGUGAAACCCAAAGAUGGCCCCUCUGUUGGAAGGUCUCCCCCCCCUUGUGCUUUGAGAAGAAGUGCAGCUUGUCUGCCGAGCGAGGCGGGUGGGAUUUCUGGAGGAAUGGUGGGGAAGAAAAGGUGCGUGCCGCAACUUUGCCAUAUGUGUUUCCCCCGCCCUCCGUUUUCCUCCCUGUGAUACCAGCAAGCGGGACAGCAAAGCAAUUCUCUUUUUCUAAAGAGGCUUUUCCGGCAACUUUAUAACCCACACCAAACUGUGUAUUUCUUUUCCUUUGUAAUCGGUGGAUGUUGGAAAGGUUUCGCUUUGUUUUUUUUCUUUUUUCAAUUUUGUGUUUUAAUAAAUCAUUUUGAAAAGGAA